ACUUCACACGACAAGAUCGCUGGACGGCGUCACGCAUUCUCAAUUCCAAGUCAGGAUUCAGCACGGGCAGCUGGCUAUACCUCUUUGUGCGUCUAGGUGCCACUAGAUCAUCACAUUGUCUUGUAUUUAUCGCCCCAUGAAACUGUGGCUGCAUACAAGCAGUAUAGACCAUGGCCAAAGCCAGGCUCUCAGUUACGGCGACUAUGCGCUGUACUCAGGAGUUUCCAUAAACUGCAUGUAUUCUCGUGUCACAGCUACCUAGUCAUCCCGUCUUUUGCUUCUAGUCUAUCAAUCGUUCUACGCGUCGUCACUCGCUUUAACACUCGUUUGAAGAAUGUCCAGUUUCUACUCUUUAGGUUUAAUCUUUUUUAGCUCUUUUGAGCUGGUCUCCUCAAGUCCUGCUACGGUUCGCAGCCGGAUCGCACCAGCAGUGCCGCAUGCUACACAGCUAGCAGCUCACGCUGAUGAACGGUUCUAUAAACGGCAAGCCUUCGCACCUGUCACUACCUGUGGAUAUCUCGAUGGCAAACCUGAGAAUCCUCGAACAGCUGACCCUGGCUACGGAUGCCGUGUCGACACCGCAAACGGUUUAUGGGGUUUUUGUCCAACCAGCGUUUUAUCGGCCAAAGACUGUGGUUUAGCUGGCUUAUGCAUCGACAACCAUUCUUGCACGACGGGGUGUGGGAGACUAUCUGAUCGAGCCGAUAUCACUACGUUUACAUGCGACUCCGAACAAUUUUGUUCUACAGCUCUCCUAAUCAACGGCCCUGAUCAAUCAUUUGAGUACAUUGCCUGCGGAGACACUGCCGCCGUCGACAGCCUUUUCGCGGUGCCGAAUACAGUAGAGGCAACAACAACGUCCGCUUCGAGUACUGAAAGCAGUGCCUCUUUGGCUACCUCAACCCAACCACCAACAACGUCAGAUGCGCAAAGCUCAACAGUCCUGGACCCGAUUGGCAGUAUCCUCCCAUCAUCAACACCAGGCUCGACACCCGCACCCACCGAACAGAAGUCAACAAAUAUCGGGCCUAUAGUGGGUGGGGUCAUUGGAGGGCUUACAGUGAUAUGCUUAACCAUUCUCGGUGUCGUUCUCAUUCGGCGGAAACGCGGUACUACAGAGAAGGUGGCACAGCCACUAGGAUACACAUAUGAUCACCCGAGUAAUUUUGUAGAAUUGAGUACGGACAGCUCAACUCACCUUCAGAAGGGACAGCACUGGGAUAACAAUCACGGCCCAGUUGAGAUGUACGGGUAUCAUGUAAAUGUGGAACCUGUCGAGCUUCCAGGGAAGGUACUACCUAUACGUCCCCAAUAGACACCGCAUGAAAUGCUCAGAAGAGGACGAUAGAACAAGCCACGGUGCCGUUACAACAUCGGAUAAUCACACAUAACUCCUGUUAAAUAGAAGUGCACCAUGAAUGAUGUGGCCUUUAAGAUCUGCUCAAGA